AUGUUUUUGUUUACAUUUAAUGGAAGUUUCUUUUUGCUCAAUUAAUAUUAUUUUCCUCAAUUUCCUUUGCUAAUCAACUUGUUUAAUCAUCGAUUAUCCUUUAAAUGGAUUAAUUAAAAUGUAGAGAUUUACAUUUGUUUCUAGUGAUUAGAAAAUUAAACCAACAAUUAUCGUGAUUGGACAAUAAGAUUUUUGGUGUUUUUCCUCUUCUCUUUUUUCAUUUUUCUCUUUGUUUCUAUUUGAUUUUCUUUUUAUCUAUUGUAUAUUAUUAUUGUUGAUCAUCAAUCACCUUGAAAAUGUCUUCAUCAUCCGAUCGAUCAAUUCAAAAUCAGCAGCCAUUAAUUAAAAUUGGUCAUUACAUUUUAGGUGAAACUCUUGGUGUUGGUACUUUUGGUAAAGUUAAAACUGCCACUCAUCAAUUAACUGGACACAAAGUCGCUGUUAAGAUAUUGAAUCGAGAGAAGAUCAAAAAUCUUGAUGUUGUUGGUAAAAUACGGAGAGAGAUACAGAAUCUCAAAUUGUUUCAUCAUCCUCAUAUUAUCAAACUUUACCAAGUGAUUAGUACUCCUUCUGAUAUUUUCAUGGUGAUGGAAUAUGUUUCUGGUGGUGAAUUAUUUGAAUAUAUUGUUAAACAUGGGAAAUUGAAGGAAUCGGAAGCAAGAAGAUUUUUCCAACAAAUUAUCUCCGGUGUUGAUUAUUGUCAUCGUCAUAUGGUCGUUCAUCGAGAUUUAAAGCCCGAGAAUUUGUUGCUCGAUUCAAACCAAUGUGUUAAAAUCGCCGAUUUCGGCCUUUCUAACAUGAUGAUGGACGGAGAAUUCCUAAGAACCUCUUGUGGGUCACCUAAUUACGCAGCUCCGGAAGUGAUUUCGGGCAAAUUAUAUGCUGGACCCGAAGUGGACAUUUGGAGUGCAGGGGUCAUUCUAUAUGCUCUUCUUUGCGGAACUUUACCAUUCGAUGAUGAACAUGUUCCAUCACUUUUCCGAAAAAUUAAAACUGGUAUAUUCCCGAUUCCCGAUUAUUUGAACAAAACGACAGUUGAUUUAUUGGUUCAUAUGUUACAAGUCGAUCCAAUUAAAAGAGCAACAAUGGAAGAUAUCAAAAAUCAUGAUUGGUUCAAAAAAGAUUUACCUGGUUAUUUGUUUCCAAUUCCAAGUGAAUCAGAUGCAUCGAUUAUUGAUAUAACUGCAGUUAAAGAUGUUUGUGAGAAAUUUGGUGUUUCUGAUAAAGAAGUUCAUAGUUCCCUUUUAAGUGGUGAUCCUCAUGAUCAAUUGGCAAUUGCUUAUAAUUUAAUAAUCGAUAAUAAGAGAAUCGAAGACGAAACAUCAAAAUUGGACAUUAAAGACUUUUAUGUGGCCUCAUCACCUCCUCCGCCCUCAUACUACGAUAGUCCUUCUCGAUAUGGAAUGAAUGUCGGUGGUCGUCCAAGAUUAUAUAGUGGCUCGAAUGUGACCAAUAUCCCCGAAAAGCCAAUAAAAGGAACACCGAUGAAAAAAGCGAAAUGGCAUUUAGGUAUUCGAUCCCAAAGUAAACCAAAUGACAUCAUGAAUGAAGUUUUCAAAGCAAUGAAAACUCUUGAUAUGGAAUGGAAAAUUGUAAACCCAUUCAAUGUUCGUGCUCGAAGGAAAAGUUCACAAUCAGGUCGCUUCAUCAAAAUGGCCUUACAACUUUACCAAGUCGAUCAUAAGAGUUAUCUUCUCGAUUUUAAAUCAUUACCGAGUUUCGAAGACACUGAACGUAAAGAGACUGAUGAGACAAUUGGAAGCGAUUUAGCUGUUUGUGGGAAAACAAUAGCGGAAGAGAAAAGUGAACAAUUGGGUGGAAACAGCUCGACAAUCACACCAGCCCAUUCAAUCGGCAGCGUAUCGAAUGAUCCUUAUUUCACUCAACCUCAUUUACAUCAUGUUAUGGACUUUUUUGAAAUGUGUGCUUCACUUAUCACUCAACUUGCUCGUUAGAGCAAAUUUAACCCUUUUCUUAGUCGUCGACUAGUUAAUUAUUAUCUAGUUUAUAUAAAUUCACACAGUGUUUAAUUAUCAAUUGAAACAAUCAAACAAAUUAACCUUUUUUUUCUUUCCAUUUUUACCGAUUCAAUUUUUCGAUACCGCUGUACAUCAAUCUUUCAAAUGGAAUGUACAGUUCGGUGAAACCGAUAGAUUUGUAUUUUUGUUGACUUGACAUCGUCCGAGAAUGAAAAUUAUCAAAACUUUCGAACUUUUUUCACAAGCAAAAUAAUAAAACUAAUCCAGUUCAUUUAACUAA